AUGAAGAACUUGAUGGGUCUACCAUCUUGGUCCCGCGGUCUGGAGGCGGCGGAGGCAGCGCGCGCGCGGCUCGUGCGCUGGGCGUGCGGCGAGCCGGCGCCGGAACCUGACCCGCCGCGGAAGAAGAUGCCGCACGCCCUACGACGCAGGUGGCCUAUGUGCCCCUGUCUACAGAAUGAUGAACCACCAGAGAUCACAUAUUGCGUGGUGGGCGGGGAGGGCGGCCUGGCGCUGCAGGCGGUCACUCCCACGCACCCCAUGCCCUCACAGGACGAGCUGGACGCGAAGUUCGCUGAACUUGUAGUAAGUAAAGCUUUAUUUUUUAAUUUAUCCGUAACUAUUUAUGGUGAGGCGAAUGAAGAGCUACGAUCUAUGGUAUUUUUUUAUAAAUCAAAUACGCAUUAG